AUGGAUCUCCGCACACAUGACAUGGGCACACUCCCGAUCUAUCAGGCCGCCUCCAAGUGUCGGGAUACCCUUCAGCAAUGUGUGAAAGAGCCCAUGUUGAUGGAGUCUGAGUGGGCCGAAACCCAGCUCGCACAUUUCAACCUUUGGACAGCGGACUUUGGUGUAUCUGCCAACAGACGUGCUGCUCUGAUUGAUCGAGUACUUCGCGAACGCGAUAAUGUAUACAUCUUAUUGAACGCCCUUGCUCUGAUCCAAGAGUGCACCGAAAUUUGCCUAGAGGUAUGCUCUCCGGAAAAGAAAGAAACAAAGAAAGUCUCAACUACGUUGCGCCCUGAGUUUACUACGAAAGGAUUGUUACGCCUGCUAGAUGAAAAGAAAUCCCGACCAGCUAUUACUCGCUUUCCUCUGCCUGCCCAGGACCAAGAACAGUCAGACUCUGAAGACCUAGCUUGCGCCCAGGAAGAUGUUGGCCACUCAAUCAAACAGCUCGUUCGGCUAACUGAGGCACUCAGAGAUACCGAUUUGAGUACGAGAUGCUCGGAAGCGGACAAGCACUUCAAGGCGACAGAUCACAUUGAGCUCAAGACGUCUUCAGAGAGGUUUAUACUGGCUCAGCACCUUGACAGCACAAGUAGCAACUUGACGCCUCUGCAGAAGAGACUUGUUGAAUCAAACAUGAGGCGAAGACAUUGGUUCUUGUAUUCUAGGAAACACCCGCCAUGCUUCGAUGCCGGACUCACAGCAGAGUCUGGAAUGGCCCGCAUGGAAGUGUCUGAAUACUCCCAGAACAAGACUAGGGCUGUGAUCGACCAUGGGGAAGAUUGGAAAAGUCAUGACGAGUUAAACAGGAUGCCACCCAAAUCAAGGCGUUUCCGAUCCAAGAACUAUCGAAAUCAUUGGAGAGUUCCCUCGGCGCAUCACAGAAUGGCGAGGUCACGAGUUCCCGAAGCGGUUCCUAAAUACAAAUACACCAGAAACAUAACUCAGGCCUCGGUCGACGACUAUGAGAAAUUUGAACAGACUGAAGACUGGGAAUAUGUCCUGUCUGAGAGUGAAAGUGAAGACAAUAUUGGUCAAUCAGUCCAGUCCGGGAAAACCAAGACGUCCAGCUACCGGGAUAAAUCACAUCAAAUCACGGGAUCGACAGUGGAGUGUGUUUAUCCCCAACCCCCAACGGUUCAGGCUGGUGCUCAUAACUUCAAAUGCCCGUACUGUUACCUAGUUUUGCCAUUGGCAUACCAAGAGGAAGCACUCUGGAGGGAACAUCUUGUCGAUGACAUAAGACCGUACACUUGUAUCAUCGAUUCAUGUGCACAUCCCGAAGUCCUGUAUACGCGGCGCGCGGAUUGGAUGCAACAUAUCAUGCAAGACCAUCAAAAUAGUUGGCAAUGUCUACUUUGUUCCGCCCCGGGCAUCACGCCUACCCUCUAUCCCACAACCGAGGACUUCAUCCAGCAUACAAGAGGUCAACACGCGAAAGCCAUUCCAAAAGAUAUGCUUUAUAGCGAUAGUAUCCUAUUCUUUGCAACUCAGCAUCACGUUCCAUUCGGCAUCAGCCAGUGCCCAUUGUGUGAUCACACUGGGGCACCUGAUUCCGAGGAGCUGCUCAAUCAUAUUGCUGAACAUAUUCACUCAUUCUCGCUGAAAUCGCUCCCAGAGCCUGAUUCUGAGCAUGGAACUGAUAACGAAACCCCCGAUUACACUCUUCAAAUUGCUUCUCGGAAGAGACGUGACUUUGUGGAUCGAUAUCUUGACAGCAGGGCUUCAGAUAUGACCUAUGAGUUGGGUCAUGAUAUUACGAGUGGUUUCAACGAGCAACGAGAAUCGAAUGCACAGAAAUGGUGGCCCGAGGACGUGACUUGUCAAUUUGUCAGAAACCUAGAGGAUCCAAGGCCGUGGCUCCGAAAAUCGACCAUUAGAGGUAUGACCAAGAUUUACACGCGGGGCGCUUCCGACAUUUGGACUGUCCCCAGGCUCGAGGCUCUUGUUCGCACGUUUUCCCAUGAGUUGGCAUGGAUGUUUGAGGAUAGGAUCUUUGACUCUGAUCCCAUGAUUUUAUCUCGCGGUUUCCCCUUGCAGGCACUCACGGCUCUUCUCUGGAUCUUGCUUGGAGGUUGGUUCCCCAUUGCGGCCUUUGUGGCGCUGGUCUGGAUUCUUUUUGGAGAUUGGCUCUGGAUGGUCAAAAUCUGCAUCACGCUCGAGAAUCCAUUUAUCCUGUUUGGCACGUCACCAGCCGACGAGACACUUCUUCGUACCCUGAUCCGGGAGUCGUUCUGGAUGGUCACAGACAAGCUGUUCGGAAUCGAUCCCGUGUCCAUUCAUGCUUCCCAAUCCGAUACGUAUUUUCAGUCUUUCGUCCGAAUGUUCAACUGGCAACGACAAGACCAAUAUUUUGGUCUGGCUCACGUUAUACAGAUUCGUGAUCUUGAUCUAUCGUCGUUGGAGCUACCCGAAGUGAUCAUCGAGACGCUUGCCCGGCGCUUGUCGGAUGAAGACCAGUCUGUUCGGAGCGCGGCUAUAGUGGCAUGGGGUGAGAUUUUUGCCAAUUGGCGUUCUGGUGAAGGCCACAAGAUGCCAUCAAGUUCUUUCAUAUAG